GUUUGGCCAGCACAGUCAUUUGCACUCAACAGUUUCAAAAGAUACCGCUGGUUCCUCCGGCAACGGUUGCCCCUGCAAACUCGAUAUUGAACGGCAACGACACCACCUUCCAUCAGAUCCAUAUCCUGCCUCCACCGCCUCCUCCUCCACCUCCACAUUCCCAUCAGCCACUGCUUCCACUUUUCACUUCCUUUGGCUAUAGCAAGUCGCCCGUGACAAGCCCACAGGGAGAAACCCCCACUGCCCCAGGUUGCCGCGGCUCAGAGGUCAGUCCUCACAGCUCCCCCACCACGUCCUGCGGGCCCCAAGGAGGCUCCAACGAAGAGAUCUGGGUUCUGCGCAAACCCACGGCAGGAGGGGACCGCAGCAGUUUGGGCAGUUCUGGCAGUGUGACCAGUGUUCGGUCGUCGGGCAGCGGUCAGAGCGCCGGCAGCGUUCACGUGAUGCACGCGCAGUCCGAGGGGGUGAAGCUUCUCGCCACCGUCCUGUCGCAGUCGGCCAAAGCUAAGGAGCAUCUGAUGGAGCAGUCCAAGUCUGUGGACCAACCUGCAGCAGCCUCCUCUCGGACACCGAGCCAAUCGGGAUGUCCGCUCCACGAAGCGCCGCCUUACGACGCCACGGCAACCAGGAAGGGGGAGGGGCCAGGCGAGGGGAAGAGCUCAGAGGCCGUUGUCCAAUGGCUGAGCGACUUUCAGCUGCAGGUCUACGCUCCAAACUUCCUAUCCGUGGGCUAUGACUUGCCCACCAUUAGCCGAAUGACCCCGGAGGAUCUGACGGCGAUUGGAAUAACUAAACCCGGCCACAGAAAGAAGAUGACGUCAGAGAUUAACAAAAUGGGUGUCAAUGAUUGGCUGCCUGACCACAAACCUGCCAAUCUGGGCGAGUGGCUGUCUGCGAUCGGGCUGAGUCAGUACCACCAGGUGUUGGUUCAGAACGGCUACGAGAACAUCGAGUUCAUCACCGACAUCACCUGGGAGGACCUGCAGGAAAUAGGCAUCAUCAAACUGGGCCACCAGAAGAAGCUGAUGCUGGCGGUGAAGCGUCUCGCUGAAAUGCAGCGCGGAUCAGAUGGUCGGGGGAAGAAGCCUCCACCAAUCACACAGCAGCAGGAAGCGACGUUGAUAGACAGCCCGCCUCCAGACGAGCUCAUGUCUCCAAAGAUGAGCUCCUUCCAGGACAGCGAGUUGAGCCCCGAGCUGCAGAGCGCCAUCAUGACUCAGCCAGGACAGGAAGUGAAAGCUCAGCGAACACGAAGCAAAGACCACGAGGAGAUUCUGAUUGGAGGAGGAGGAGGAGGAGGAGGAGGAGGAGGAGAAAGAGGAGUAUUGCAGACCUUCCACCAAAAAAAGGAGGCUCGGACUAUGCGCCAGCAGAGCAGCCAGGGGAGUCGAGGCAGCGUUUCCUCUCAGGGGAAACACCGUCACUCCCACUCCCACUCCAUGCCUGCGCCUCCCUACACGCCUCCUCACACCCCCACCAAGCCGAGGACCUCCUCUUCCUCCUCCUCCUCCUCCUCCGUCCAGAGCACAGCUUCCCCGCAGACCAAACACAAGCCCACGCCCCCGUUCAUCCAGGGCGAGAGACCCCAGUCUCCUCGAUCGAACCCCCCGCAGUCUCCAACCCAACGAGGGCCUCCGAUAACCCAGAUCCCCCCCCAGACACAACAGCAGCCUCCAGACGUGAUGCAGAGCCAGGCUCAGCCUCAGCACCCCCCACAGACACAGGGGAUGGAGCCACAGGUCCCGAUGCUGUGUCUUCCUCCAGAGGUUUCUGAGGGGAAGGAGCCAUCACGCCCCCACACCCUCCCCCGAUACAACUUCUCCGAGGGGGAGUGUGACGACAAGGACGGAGGGGAGGAAGCCGAGAUGGUGCUGAGUCCACUUCCUGCCCCGGUGGUCAGAGGAGACGGAGUUAAAUACGCAACGCACCGAGUCAGCCGCAGCCACUCGGUCCGCAACCAGGAGAAAAUACGCAACCACUCGCAGACGUUAGCUCUGCGUCAGAAGAAGAAAGGACCGCCUCCACCUCCGCCCAAACGCUGCAGCUCCGCCAUCUCCACCUCCACCUCCAACCUGACGGAGAGCACGCUCGUCACCGCAGGGGGUGGGAUGCUGGACGUGCCGUUCCUCCAGCAGCGGAGGGCCAGCGACCUGGGGGUCUCCGUGGAGACGGUCGUCUUGGAGAAGAGCAGCGUGGGCAGCGUGAGGAGCAUCGCCGCCAUGUUGGAGAUGUCGUCCAUAGGAGGCGGACCAAAAGGCAUGGCGCUGCAGAGGAACUUCCUGCAGGUGGGUAAAACUCGCGAUGCCAUUGGUCUGGACGGGGAGGUGGUGAACCGGAGGAGGACCAUCAGCGGUCCGGUGUCCGAGCUGGUGGAGGCGGCAAGAAGGGAACAACCCACUCCUCAACCUCAACCCUCCAUCCAGCCCUCACCCUCCGUCCAGCAUUCUGCCUUCUCCCCUCCACCAGUGAACGCCUCCUCCAACAACCUUCCGUCCUCCAACAACCCUCCGUCCUCAAACAACCCUCCGUCCUCCAACAACCCUCCGUCCUCCAACAACCCUCCGUCCUCCCCCCAGCCUCCGUCCAGUUCGUUGGAGAAUCUACCGUUUGCAGACGAGGGAAGUCUGACCAUCCGCCGCCAAGGACGAGGAGAAGGAGAAGGACAGUGUGUAUUUUGUGUUUGUCUGCAGGGCGACGGGGAAGAGGUGGGCUUCACCAACGAGGACAUCUCCGGAGUCGAGUCCACCACCACAUCGACCCUGAAGCGACGCCCCCGAAGCUCCAAACCUCACCCCAAUGGCUCCGACUUCACGCUGCAGGAAUCGUCCACCGUGAAGCGCCGACCCAAGAGCCGCGACAAGGAGCCGGAGGGUUACGCAGAGAUGGCCGCCAUCGGAGAACCCAACACCACCCAACCGGUUCCCUACCAGAACGGCACCGUGAACAUGAAACGCCGCCAAGGAUCGGACGAAGGAGUGACGGAGCAACCGCAACCCCAACCUCCACUGCAUCCACAACAACAUCCACAACAACAUCCACAACAACCUCCACAACAACCUCCGCAACAACAUCCACAACAACCUCCACUUUAUCCACAACAACCUCCACAACAACAUCCACUGCAUCCACAACAACAUCCACUUUAUCCACAACAACAUCCACUUUAUCCACAACAACCUCCACAACAACAUCCACUGCAUCCACAACAACAAUCGCAGCCGACUGCUGUUCCCCGCAGAGACAGCGUGGACCAGGUGGUGAUUGAAGGCGUUCCCAUUAGAAAACCAAAGCCUCCGGUCUCCCCGAAGCCAUUCGUUUCGCAGAUAAAGAGGCAAGGAGGACCGCCCACCCCCCCCCAGCCGGUCUCCAACAGGAGGGUCCCGUUACCUGGCCCGGGGACGCCUGGAAGCCCAGUUGAAGGGAAGAAGAUUCCGCCCCCAGUCUCACCCAAACCGACGCCCCCACCGACGGCCCCCAAACCGUCCAAACUGAUCCACUCCAUGACCAGCCCCCCCCCCCCAUCUCAUGCAGUGGUUUCUAGGCAGACCAGCUCCCCGCCAUAUUUCCCCCUCGCCAACAUCCCCGGUCCAACGAACGCCAAACCGCUGAGCCCGUCCCCCCCGAGCCCUCGCACCCCCCAGACCCCCACCACACCUCAGACCCCCGCCACCCCCAGCCCCACCCCCCCGCCCGUCAAGCCGCCUCGCUCCUCGAUCGGGGGGGUGUCCGUGGACAGCGGGAUGAUGGGGGGCGGAGUCACGGCUCCGGAGCUGCUGGUGCAUCAGAAGCUGGAGGAGACGAGCGCCUCGCUGGCCGCCGCGCUGCAGAUCGUGGAGGAUAAGAUCCUGAGGCAGGAGGACUCCAUGGAAGAGCAGAAGACGACGGUCAGCAUCCUGGACGAUAUCGGCAGCAUGUUCGACGACCUCGCCGACCAACUGGACGCCAUGCUGGAGUAACCAUGGAAACAGACUCUGAUGGCACAAUCUCUCUCUCUUCCUCUCUUCAUCCUCCUCUCUGAUGAUGAUGAUGAUGAUGAUGAUGGAUGAAGAGAGAGACACUUUAAGAGAGAGGGUAGAUAAAAAAGGACCAAAAACAAAGACUGACGUGGAGAGAGAAGAAUAUAAAAAAAUAAAAAAUAGAAGAGCCUGCAAUCAAACCGCGGGUGUUUUCCACUCCUGACGACAAAACAAAAACUAAUCGAAGCACCACCUGUGUGCUGAAUCAUAGUCUGGUAUGUGUACAUUCUAAGCAUGGAGAGUUUAUAUCUACUGAAAAAGUCCUGCAUUAGCACAGUAAUAUAUGAUAAUGAUAAUAAUAAUAUAACGAUAAAUAUGAAGCUCUUUGGUUUGAUGUCUGUGUGGAACCUCUGGUGUUGUGACCAUGUAAAAGGACACGGAGGAAAGAUUUGUAUCCGUGACCAAAAUGAGACGAUUCAGCUCCUGAGGUGUGUGUGUGUGUGUGACAGUGUGUGUGUGACAAUGUGUGUGUUGUGUGUGUGUGUGUGUGUGUGUGUGUGUGUGUGUGUGUGUGUGUGUGUGUGUGUGUGUGUGUGUGUGUUGAGACGGAUGAGUGCUUGUGAAUUGUUGGAAUUUCAGGAUUCAGUUUACUGUCCUGGCUGCGGUCAUACACUCUGCUCCAUCCUCAUUAUUUCCGCCCCUCCAAAUAAAAAACAUUCACAGGAGAAGCACAAUGCAGCCACGGGAGCCCGCACAAUAUGAAAUCAAUAUUUAACGAGAGAAGCUGCAGCAGGUAGUCUGAAAGAAGACGUUAGGUGUUGGGGAUAAGGUUCGGAAAGUUAUGGAGAAGGAUUUAAAGGGUGCAAGGUGUUAGAAAAGGGAAGAUGGAGGUCAUAGAGUUGGUUAUUGUUGGGUCAAAUGUGAGAUUUGGGCUCUGUUGUAACAAGCUGCAGAGUCACAGCUCAGUUCAAAUCAUUCCUGAUACCUGCAGAAAAUAAGGGCAACGCAACAAACUUCAGGUAACAAAAUAAGGACAUAUAUCAUACUUAAAUCCAAUGACAAAUUCAUUAUCAAACACUUUCAAGUAGGGAUGCAUUAAUCAAUUUUCAAGGUCACCAGACUACAUUGAUAAAGACAGUAUUUUUACCUUUGGUUGGUUCGGAGUUGGACAAAAAACGUUAAAGUUGAGAUGUAUCAAUGCAAUUUAUUCUCCUCUGAUAAUCUAAUGUAAUCCACCCCUGAAGACACUUUUCAAAGGGAUGGUUCCUUUUUCAAGGCAACCAAACUCCAUUGACAAAAACAGUAAUUAAUUCAUUCAGAUUAACCAAAGCCGAACAAUAAUAUAAGAUAAGAGGUACUUUAUUGAUCCCAAAUAGGGAAAUGCGUUGCAGCAGCAUACAAAACAACAAAACAAAUCAUAAAUGAUUAUUAAAUUGUACAGUGUGUCCAGUUAUCCAGAGAGAAGCUAUGGAGUGCCAAAAAAACUAAUUGAUGCAGCAGUAAAUCUGCAAGAGAAGUAAAAUUACAACCAAACUCCAUUGACAGAAACAGUAACUUGGUGAAUGGUUAGUAACUGGUUGGUUAGAUUCACUAAAGUUGCACAAUAAAGCCAUUCAAAAUGACCCCCCUCGGCGGUUCUAGUGUUAAAAACAGAAAUGUUGAAUAUAAAAUGUUUUCUACCGAAUUUGAAUGUACAUUUUUUAUUUCAUUUUUUAUAGUAUCAAUAUUUUUAGGAGUUAUGCACGACUGAUGCUUUUAAAUUAACAUUUCAAAAAAAUCUCAUGUCCCCCUGCAGUACUCCAAGGUACCCCUAGGGGUCUGCAUACCCUCAUUUGAGAACUGAUACCCCUCCAUCAGCACACUCUCACACACUGAUCUGUCACAGAAAAUGAAACACAAUAACCCAGGGUCAUAACACCCCCAACAAAUGUGGUGUUGGGGUAUGAUUGCAUUGGGUGAUCCCGGACGAGCCCCCAAUGUUAGGUUACCGUAGACCCGGGACGUAAUCUAAAUCACCAUCUGCACACUCUCCCACACAUAUCUGUCUCAGAGAAUGAAACACAGUAACCCAUAACAACCCCCCCCCCCCCCAAAAUGUGGUCUAGGAGUAUGAUAGCUUUGGGUGAGAGAGACCCGUGUUCUGAUCCCGGACGAGUCCCCCAAAAAAUGAAUCAGAAUCAAGGUUUUUUACACAUACAAGGAAUUUGCUUUGGUAUCUGGUGGUGCGAACACAAACAAUGUAAAAAAAAUAGAAAUAUAUAA